AUGGCUUGUAGUUUCACUGGAAUCGCUAAGAAUGGGCCAAAUCCAUACUCUGAGAUGUUCGCCUUCAAAGCUGCGAUGAAGGUUUUCCUUUUUGUCUUUGUUUAAUUGCUCUGGUAGUUGUUGAGAAUUUAACGUUUUUCCUCAACUUUAUUACAUCAUUUUCAUCAAAAUAUCAGGCUGCGGAAGCUGAGCCUGUUUGGAGAACUUCGAGAAUCAUUGAGCGGCAACGAUGGAAUCCUUAUUCGUUUGAAGGAGGGUAAGUCGAUUUUUUGAAACUAUGUUUCGAUCGGAAUUAUGAGCUGAAACUGAAAAAUUAUAAUUGUUAUUUCAAGAAAUGUAUUUCAUAGGGUAGUUUUUUUGUAUAACUCUUUCGAAUACAAAACUCCCAAUUUCUUCGAUGCUAAAAAAAUUUAAAAAGAGUAGUUUUUUUGUUUUCAAUUUAUAUGUAUAAGAACUGCGUUUUUCAAAAUGAGUGAGUAGAGAAACUCGAUCAUAAGUUUUCAGUUGAAGGGUAUAUUUGUUUAUUUCAAAUCGAAAAAUAAUCGGUUUUUUUUUUCAGUUCUACCUGUGCUAUCGCUGGCGAAAACUUCGCCAUCUUGGCUAGUGACACCCGAUUGACGCAGAACGAUAUCAACAUUCUGACCCGCGAUGGAGAAAAGAUGCAUAUUUUGUAUGACUUGCUGUUUUUCCACUCAUUCAAUGAGUUUUAGGAACGACUCUAUCGUUCUGGCUACCACCGGAUUCUAUGGAGACGUUCUGCAGCUGAAGAAGGUUCUGCAAGUACGUUUCUUUGCAUGAUAUUCGCAACAGUUUCGUAAUUCAAACAGUCGCGACUCCACAAAUACCGUUUCGACUACCGUAGCGACAUGUCGGUUGACUUGUGCGCUGAACUCCUUUCUCGAAACCUUUACUAUCGGCGCUUCUUCCCUUACUACACCGGCGCGGUUCUGGCUGGCAUUGACGAACACGGUUCGAAGAUCCUUCCUACUGAACUUCUAAAAUAAGUUUCAGGAAAAGGGGCCGUUUUCAGUUAUGACCCUAUCGGAUGCAUCGAACGUAUCGCCUAUUCGGCCAGCGGAAACGCCGAGCCCAUGAUCAUUCCUUUCCUCGACUGUCAGGUUUGUAAAUUCCGAAGUAUUUUUUUUUCCAAGUCGAGAGCGUUCAGAUCGGUCAUGUCACUCUGUCUGAUGAAGCAGAGAAGCCGCCUCUUACUUUGGAGAGAGCCACGUCUCUGAUGAAGGUUUGUGUUUGUACAUUUAUUUCAAUCAAGUUUUUCUUCAUAUGUGCAGUUUUUUUCCAAAAUUUUUUUCAAAUUUUUCUAUUUUUGUCAGGGCGUCUUCAUAAGAACUUUUAAUUGUUCUUCAUAGGAAUUUUCAAGUUUCAAUUACAUUCUAAAAAUUGAUUCUGAACGUUUUGUACUGCGUAAUUUUUUAUAUCCGUCAAAAUAACGUCCAAAAAAGUCUUCAGCUGAAAGCUUACGUCUUUUUUUUAGAAAAGAUUUUUUUUAAAUUAGUUUUUUACGUUCUCGUGCAUGCUGUGAGAUCGUUUCUUUCUAUAAUUAUUUAAUUCUGCGCCGCGUUCAAAGUGUUGUCGGAAAAGUAUAAUUGACUGUGAAAUUGUAAAAAAGAAACUGUCAUCGACGUUGAAAGUUCAUAGUGGGAAAUUUGUUGCUGAACGAUUGAAAGCUUUACGAGUUUGGUUCCAUGCGUUUGGCAAAGGAUCAUGUUAUGGAAACGGCUAUAAUAGCCCUCGUUAUUGACGGAUUUUUCAGGACGCGUUCCGAAGUGCUGCUGAGAGAGAAAUAACCACCGGUGACAAGAUUCACCUCAUCAUUGCAGAAGCAGGCAAGCCAAUCGUUCAGAAGUUCCUUCCUCUUCGCGAGGAUUAA